UUAGCUAGUCUGCAAAUAACUACAGAACACAAUAGAAUUCCCCUCCCUUCCCCUCUUCUCUCUCCUCUCUUUUCCUGCUUCCAAACGCCUUCUUGAGGCUGGAGCUGGGCAGGUCUCCAGAGGUGCAGCAGCCACAACAAUCCCGCAGUUCAAAGUUAAGCAGCAGUUGCACAACUUCCAGCAACUCUCUCAGCCGACUACUAAUGAGCUGAAAGCCAGGAACUUCUGAGGAGGUGAAGAGGAAGCUUCCAGACCUCCUCCCUUCACCCUAGAAACCCAGAUACUCCCACCCCAGCCCCAGAUCACUGAGAUUCACUUAUUGUUUUUCCCUUGCCGGGCACACCAUGGCUCCCUUUGGAAGAAACUUGCUAAAAACUCGGCAUAAAAACAGAAAAAUUGAUUUUCUGAAGGGCAACAAUUUUGGAAAUACUUUAAGAAAAAUAUUAAGGAUCUCCAACUAAAGACAUGGAUUCGGAAGAGAAGGAAAUUGUGGUUUGGGUUUGCCAAGAAGAGAAGAUUGUCUGUGGAUUAACUAAACGCACCACCUCUGCUGAUGUCAUCCAGGCUCUGCUGGAGGAACAUGAGAUGGCAUUUGGGGAUAAACGAUUUCUGCUGGGGAAGCCCAGUGACUACUGCAUCAUAGAGAAGUGGAGAGGCUCAGAAAGGGCUCUUCCUCCACUAACCAGAAUCCUGAAGCUCUGGAAAGCAUGGGGAGAUGAGCAGCCUAAUAUGCAAUUUGUUUUGGUUAAAGCUGAUGCUUUUCUUCCACUUCCUUUGUGGAGGACAGCUGAGACAAAAUUAGUGCAAAACACAGAGAAACUGUGGGAGCUCAGCCCAGCAAAUUACAUGAAGACAUUGCCACCAGACAAACAAAAAAGAAUAGUCAGAAAAACUUUUCGGAAACUGGCUAAAAUUAAGCAGGACACAGUUUCUCAUGACCGAGAAAAUAUGGAGACAUUAGUUCAUCUGAUUAUCUCCCAGGAUCAUACUAUUCACCAGCAAGUCCAGAGAAUGAAAGAGCUGGAUCUGGAAAUUGAAAAGUGUGAAGCUAAGUUCCACCUCGAUCGGGUAGAAAAUGAUGAGGAAAAUUAUGUCCAGGAUGCGUAUCUCAUGCCCAGUUUCAGUGAAGCUGAGCAAAAGCUAGACUCGCCGUAUGAGGAAAACCAGAUUCUGGAAGACCUGAGUGAAAGGGAUGGAAUUGUACAGCUGGAAGAACGACUGAAAUAUUACAGAGUGCUCAUUGAUAAGCUCUCUGCUGAAAUAGAAAAGGAGGCAAAAAAUGUUUGCAUCGAAAUAGGUGAAGAUGCAGAAGGGGCAGCUGCUAGUGAACUGGAAAGCCCUAAUUUAGAAAGUGUCAAGGGUGAUUUGGAGAAAAGCAUGAAAGCGGGUUUGAAAAUCCACUCUCAUUUGAGUGGCAUCCAGAAAGAGAUUAAAUACAGUGACUCACUGCUUCAGAUGAAAGCAAAAGAAUAUGAACUCCUAGCCAAGGAACUCAAUUUGCUUCACAUUAGCAACAAAGAUGGCUGCCAGUUAAAGGAAAACAGAGGGAAGGAAUCCGAGGUUGCCAGCAGCAGUGGGGAGGCUCCUCCCUUUACUCAAGGGGCAUUUAACACGUAUACAAAUGACACAGACUCGGACACUGGCAUCAGCUCCAACCACAGUCAGGACUCAGAAACAACUGUAGGAGAUGUGUUAUUGCUGUCUACAUAAUUCAAAUGGUUCUUUCUGACUUGCUUUAAUACUGCUCAUGUUUGUGGAAACUAUUUUAAAUAUAACUACUAAAAAUGAAUAAAUCAUGUUAAGGUAUUCAGUCAUUAAUACAAACUAGUGAGAUUGUUUUUUUUUUUGUUUUUGGUAUAAGAUUCCAAUGUACCUUUAAUUAUCAUAGGUUCAAGCAGUGAACUAUUUAUUAGGAAUGCAGCAGAUCUAGCUUAUUUAAUGGGAAUUAAUUGAUAACCUCCUAUAGCUUCUAUAGAAAGUGAAUUAUAUAAAUGUUAAAACAAUUCUCAAAUCACACAAAAUAUUGAAACUGUACGCAUGAAGAAGUAAAAUUAAAAUGUGUUGUAAUAUCUUUUUCAACAUUUUAUAGUUAGAAUGUUUAAAUCUGUGAAUUAUAUAACAGCUAUUAUGUUGUAACUGCAUUCAUUCAAAUUUUAGUUCUUUUAAUAUUUAGAUUUUAUAACAUAUCAUGUCUGCCAUUUCCUCUACCCUUCUAUCUAUUUAACCCUAUGCAACAGGUGGCUCUUGGGACAUGUGUAAGUCAUGGCAGAGGAUCAGAGUGGGUCUAGAUGAGUCCAGGCCAAGCACUGCAUACAAACAGCGACUUUUCUAAAGAAACUUAUAUUAAGAGUUAUACAUUGGCUUUUGCUGUCUGGUAAUCUAGGUCUUAUAAAUAAUAAAACCAAUGUUUUGUACGUGUUCAUUCUUUGAGUGAUGUAUGUGUCAGAGAAGAAAUCAAAGAGUCAUAGUAUUAUUUCUUUAUUCUCUAUUUACCUAAGUUGAAGCAAUAAAGUUGAAAUGAUAAAAAUUUAGUGUUCCUCAAAUGGAUAAAAUAGUGUUUUGUAUACCAAAAUUAUUAGCAUUUGUCUCUGAACAUAAAGAGGGAAACUCACGUGAUAAAAAGACUUAUUCUGGUCUUUGUUGACUUAUACUAUCAACAAAAUUGUCUUUGUAGUACUUUAUCUAAGGUGCUUAAAAGAAGCUAGGUAUUUAAAAAAGCACUAGCACCAUCCCAAGCAUUCUAGUAAAAAUCUGUGAAUUGAAUGGAUUUUUUAGGUUCUAUCUUGACCGACAGUCAUUAUAGUGCCAGGCUACAUUUGGUUGCCUGAUUUUAAUUAGAGAUAUAUUUUCUCCCUCCUGUCCUUCUUUCCUUCCUCACUUCUCCUCUGCCUGCUGCCUGCCUUUCUUUCCUCCUUUCCUGAUUCGAUUGCUCCCUUCCUCCCUGACAGUGAACAUGGGAGGUAAUCAUAUGCAAAACAGUUUUAUCAUUUUUUGUACUAUUAACUGAGUCCUUCUGCAGUUUAUUUUAUUUUUUUUUAGCUGACAUUUGCCCUACAUGUCAGGGUAUAUAAGUAGAAAUGUUAUUCUAAUUUGUGGAUAUUGGUUAAGAUUCCCAUUUCUUCCCUUUUAUUCAUAUGAUAGUGCUGCAGGUUUUAACUCAGUAUUCUUUCCUUUUGUUCCCACUUUUAAAUUUGAAAGAAUUUGAUUUUUAACAAUUCUAUCGCUGAAAUUUUCUUAUCUUGUUCUUUCAUUCCUUCCUCCCUCAGUUUUCCACCCAACUUUUGAGAAAUUAUUUAGAAUUUCCAUAGUGUUACAAUUUUCAGGAACAUCUGUUAUCAUUUCUUGUACCAAGGUUUUUGUCAGCCAUAUUUGAAGUUGGCUGACAAGAUAGGAAUUUAGAUUCUAUGGAAAUAAUGAUAAACACUAACUAAUAAUGCUAACAUGAGCUUUUUUUUUAAAGAAAUAAUCAAAUAAAUCACCUGUGAAAGGAAACUUUA